CCGCCCCCCGGUGCCGGUGCCGGUGCCGGGCCCGCAGCGGGGCCGGUGCCGCCGGGUUCGGAGCGCCGGGCCCGCUCACGGACACACGUGCGGGCCGCGCCGCGCCGCGCCUCGGGGUUAUUCCGGGUGACGGAGGAAGCCGCAGCCGCGGGGCCGCCCCGGCUCCCGGAGCCGCCGCCGCCGCCGCCGCGCACCUGCCCGCCCCGAAUCCCCGGCGCGGGGCCGGCGGCAGCGGUGCGGCUGUAGCGGCCACCCGCAGCAUCCCCCGGCUUGGGCCGUGGCCGCCCCGGAGCCAGGCGCUGGGAGGGGUCUCCCCCCCUCCGUGCCCGCCGCAGCCAUGGAGGGGGGAGUGCAGCUGCUGAACCGCGACGGGCACAGCAUCUCACACAACUCCAAGCGCCACUACCACGACGCCUUCGUGUGCAUGAACCGCAUGCGGCAGCGGGGGCUGCUCUGCGACAUCGUCCUGCACGUGGCCACCAAGGAGAUCAAGGCCCACAAGGUGGUGCUGGCGUCGUGCAGCCCCUACUUCCACGCCAUGUUCACAAAUGAGAUGAGUGAGAGCCGCCAGACCCAUGUGACACUGCAUGACAUCGACCCCCAGGCGCUGGAGCAGCUGGUGCAGUACGCCUACACGGCUGAGAUCGUGGUGGGAGAGGGGAAUGUGCAGACCCUUCUUCCUGCUGCCAGCCUGCUUCAGCUCAAUGGUGUGAGGGAUGCUUGCUGCAAGUUCCUGCUCAGCCAGCUCGACCCCUCCAACUGCCUGGGCAUCCGGGGCUUUGCUGACACCCACUCCUGCAGCGACCUCCUCAAGUCUGCCCACAAGUACGUGCUCCAGCACUUCGUGGAGGUGUCCAAGACAGAGGAAUUCAUGUUGCUGCCCCUAAAACAGGUGCUGGACCUCAUCUCCAGCGACAGCCUCAACGUGCCCUCGGAGGAGGAGGUGUACAGGGCUGUGCUCAGCUGGGUCAAACACGACGUGGACAGCAGGAGACAGCAUGUGCCCAGGCUCAUGAAGUGCGUGCGGCUGCCCCUGCUGAGCAGGGAUUUCCUCAUGAGCAACGUGGACACGGAGCUGCUGGUGCGGCACCACUCGGAGUGCAAGGACCUGCUGAUCGAGGCCCUCAAGUACCACCUGAUGCCCGAGCAGAGAGGGGUGCUGGGCAACAGCCGGACGCGGCCGCGGCGCUGCGAGGGGGCCAGCACCGUGCUCUUCGCCGUGGGUGGAGGGAGCCUGUUUGCCAUCCACGGCGACUGCGAGGCCUACGACACGCGCACGGACCGCUGGCACAUGGUGGCCUCCAUGUCCACGCGCCGCGCCCGCGUGGGCGUCGCGGCCAUCGGGAACAAGCUCUACGCCGUGGGCGGCUACGAUGGCACCUCUGACCUGGCCACAGUGGAGUCCUACGACCCUGUCACCAACUCCUGGCAGCCCGAGGUGUCCAUGGGCACCAGGAGGAGCUGCCUGGGUGUGGCGGCCCUCCAUGGGCUCCUCUACGCUGCCGGGGGGUACGAUGGGGCCUCGUGCCUCAACAGUGCAGAGAGGUACGACCCCCUGACGGGCACCUGGACCUCCAUUGCUGCCAUGAGCACCCGGAGACGCUACGUGCGUGUGGCCACGCUAGAAGGCAACCUCUAUGCAGUCGGGGGCUACGACAGCUCAUCGCACUUAGCCACGGUGGAGAAGUACGAGCCCCAGAUCAACACCUGGAGCCCCAUUGCCAACAUGCUGAGCCGCCGGAGCAGCGCGGGCGUGGCCGUGCUCGAGGGGAUGCUCUACGUGGCUGGUGGCAAUGACGGCACCAGUUGCCUUAACUCCGUGGAGCGCUACAACCCCAAAUCCAACACCUGGGAGAGCGUGGCCCCCAUGAACAUCCGCAGGAGCACCCACGACCUGGUGGCCAUGGACGGGUGGCUUUAUGCCGUGGGGGGCAACGACGGCAGCUCCAGCCUGAACUCCAUCGAGAAGUACAACCCCCGCACCAACAAGUGGGUGGCCGCCUCCUGCAUGUUCACCCGCCGCAGCAGCGUGGGGGUGGCCGUGCUGGAGCUCCUCAACUUCCCCCCGCCCUCCUCGCCCACCCUCUCGGUGUCCUCCACGAGCCUUUGACACCGAGCCCGGCCGUGCCUCGGCCCCGGGGGACAGCGGUGGCACCCGCUCGCUCUGAGCGGGGAGCCCAAAUGCCAGCCCGGCCUUCCUGGGGGGCUCUCCCCGCUCUGGGGACACCCACGGCGUCAGCAGGCCCACCAAAUGUGCUUCCAGGGCCGGCCCCUCCCUGGAGGGCGAGCAGAGGGGGCUCUCCCUCCGGCCAGACUCAUCCAGCACCCCCCGAAAGCUCCUUUGGGCGAGGGGGAGCCUGCACCAUUGCUGCUUCUGGGAUUGCCGUGCUCCAGCCGUGCCACCGGGCACUGCCAGCCCUGCGGUGGCCCCGGGGGACACGGCCGAUGCGUGACCCCCUCCUCUGAAUGUCACUGUAGCCAAACUCAGCCCAAGCCUGUGUGCACUGCUCCGGACUCUGGGGCCGCUGCCCCGCUCCGAGGGUGUCUCUUUGAUGCCUUAACCACACCGAGAGAAGAGGCCCAGCCCAGGCACAGCCCUGCAGGAUGGGGAGGGUCCUGACCCCUCCAGCGCUCCCCUGACCCUCUGGGAUCCCAGCUGAGCGUGGCUCUGGCCAGGCAGGUGGCUGCAGGGACCUUGGUGGCAUCGCUGCCGUCGCUGGCACAGGCUCCAGGACCGGGACUCUCUGGGAGUGGCCUGGCCUGUUUGCUGUUCCCCUCUCUGCCAAGCAGAUUCUGGGUUUGUGGAAACGAAUCAGUUCUUGGAAAAAGAACAGUCCAGCCUUCCGAACGAGAAGGAUUGCCUGGCAUUACUUUUUUGGGUAUUAAUUUUCUUGUUUGCCUUUUUUUAUUUGAACGCUAAUAUGACUUCAUAUCCCUUUCUUUUUUACACUGCCCUGCUAUUCCCCAUCCCCUCUGCUCUCGAGGCAGCAGAAGGGAUGCAGUUCCUUUUCUCAUUUGUUGAGGAGAUGAUUCCUGUGCCCUGGAAGUUCUCUCUGGAUGGGUGGGGUGUGUGCAUGUGGGAGAUGCCAAAAGCAGCACGGGAGGGACCGUUUCAAUUAGCGACUCCCUGGCAAUUAAACAACCACUUUAAUGAACUAAAGCUUGGAUAAAUUAGCACUGUAAGGCCUGUCCUAGAGCCAGGGCUCCCGUGCUGUGGUGUUUUCAGGGUGUGCUGUGUGUGUGAGCCACGAGCUGAGGCACAGAUCAGCUGCUCUCCACACCACAGAGGAACGACUCAACCACUGGUACCUCAAUUGUGUUCAGAUGUAGCAUUGGAAAUAUGGUCCAAGUGUUUGGAACUCAUUCCUUUCUCCUUUUUCCCCCCUACUCCCCAGUUCUCACUCACAGAGCUCAGAUUUCACUCGUGUGGUACUUGUGGGCCUGAAUUUUCAAGUAGCAAAAGAUUUCUGCUUUUUAAACCCUUCUGAAAGAGGAGCUUAAAAUGAGACAGGGACUGCCCAACUUCAGACCCUUUUCUUGGCAGUCUGAUUUCUGCUGGACAGGUGCCUGCAGGUUUUCCAAGCCCACUGGCCUCCUUCACAAGCCCACUCACAGUGCCUCACGCUGUACGCCUGGAAUUCCCAGCAGCUUCUGGAAACCAGGGCUGCUUCCCCCUCCGGCCUCUCCCCAAGGACAGUCUGAGCUUCUCCGGCUGAGGAGGCCUUUUUGGCUUUUGGAACAGGCUCCAAAUGCUCCCUUUGUCCCCUUCUCCCUGCCCCAGCCUGUCACAGCUCAGCAGCUCCCCCGUUUCCCUGUCCUGCAGAGGCCCCUGUGAGUGUCCAGGCUCUGCAGUUGUCCCCUGGUCCGUGUGGGCUGCCCCAGGAAGGUCAGAGCAGCCUGCUUUGUUCAAAAAAUGACGAAACCAGUGAAAUCUGCUCUGUUUUGUGCAUGUGCCUCCACCCAAGUGAGCUCUCAACCCUUUCCAUGCCACUCCUGUAACCAAGAAAGGGAUUUCACUCUCCUGCUGGGCUCACAUCAAAGUGUCCCUGGCUCCAGGGCUCCCUUUGGAGGAGGAUCAGCCCAAAAGCCCCAUGGAGAGGUGGAAGGGGCUGGUGCUGGGCUUGCCCGAGGUGCUGAGGAGCUCAGGAGGAGUCAGGAAUGAAGGGAGAGCGGAGCCCAGCCAGGAGCUGCAGUGCAGGAGCUGCUGAGGGAGAAACAGGGCUGCUUUCAAACCAGGAGUGAGAUGUGGCGGUGGCUCGGCCUCUGCUCCAGCUGGGGCUGCUGCAGAGUGGAGAGGGAGCUGUGCCUUGGGAGCAAAACCUGAGGGAAGUGAGAAAUGCAGCAGCUGAGGAGAAUUUUGGUGCCGCGUGCCCUUGGCCUCCGUUGGAACCUUCAGCGGCCACACUGCAAAUCCUGUGUGGUGCUGUCCUGUUCCCUGAGGAGCAGGGACGGGGCAGAGUGACUCCUGUGUCCCCUGGCUGGGUCCUGAGCAAUAUCCCACUGAGCUUGGUCCGUGGGAACCCGGCGAGGAGGGAGCCUCCUGUCUCUGCUGCCCAAACUAUGCAGGAAAGGGCAAAACGAUUCCCCAGCAUCUUCUGGGGGCCCCAAGCCCCCCGACCCACACUGUGUGGACACGAGGUGUCAGCACCUGCCCUGGAACCUGCCAGGGUGGGAUUGCUCCUGGUGCUGCACGUCCCCUGCCGAGGAGGAGGAGGAGGAGAGCUCGGAGGGGACGCGUGUCUGUGUCUGUCUGUCUGUGCGUAGCAACCCUGUCUGAGGGGAGGAGAACAACUCUGUGUGGCUUCCCUGCCAGUUUUAGUCCGUGGUGUCUCACCCAAGAUGUUCCUUGUCUGAAUUCCCAGCAGAGGAGCACCCCCAGCCAGGGGGCUCCGGGCUCUGGGGUUUUUCCCAGCAGGGCCAGGCAGGAGCCCCUGCCCUGAUUUGGGGGCAGAGGCUCCCUUGGGCUCCCUGCUGGGCACACCUGGUCCAGAUCCAUGUCCAAGCGUUGUCACUUUGAUUUCUCUGUAACUUAUCUGACUUUAUUUAUGUGGAACUCUGUUUCUCUGAAUUUUUUGCACUACAUGGGACUGGGGAGGGGAUACAAGCAAUAGAAGCCAACGUGUACAAUAAAGACGUUUUCUUGGA